AUGAGAUCUGUAUUUCGGCUUGGUCGAGGACACCAUUACCUUGUUGCUCGCAUCGUGAUCGAUGUAGUCCGCAUCGAGAAAACUGAAGCACAGGUGGAUGAAAAUGAAAUCACAGAUCAUGCUAGAGGCACCAACAUUGCAUUGGAGGAGACUACAUGCAUAAAGGCCUCAGAUGCGGGUCCAAUGCUGAUAGAUGAACCAAGUGUGAAAAUGGAACAAGAAAACGCGAACAAAUCGUGA